UUUAUAUAUAUCGCCCACGUUCUUCGGUUCUUGUUUACUUUUUCGAAAUAUCUUACGUCUUUCUUAAUGAGAUUAGAUUAAGGGAUAAAUUCAAUUGUACGCGGUGUAUUUUUUCAACGAGUUUAAUCGGUUUGUUGAAUUUGAUCUUCGAGUUCAACAAAAUGAGCUAAAGACCAAAUUAUACUUCUCGGUUUGUUACAUCGAUGGAGUGGAGUUGGUGGUGUUAAGGUGGUGUACAAGUUGCAGCGUAUCAGUUGGUGAAAUGUUAGCGAAACGUGCGUGUACGUUGACGACAAACUGAUAAGCGAAAAAAGGCUACCCGGCGAGCCUUUUUCCCAAACGUAAAGCUUCAACUUUUCGUACUUUCGUUCCAUGUUGAAAUUGAGAUUGGUGUCGACGCAUUUCUUGAAACAGCCGUAAUUUUUUUUUCACAACGGAAAUGUGCCGCGAUCGUGAUAUGUUGUAAUUUCUCUUCUCGCUAUCAUUUUUCCUCCGUAUAUUCGCGUAGUUUACGUCGUUUAUUUUUUCGCGAGUUUUUAAAUUUAUAAUUUCGAAGUGUAUCGAGCACCUUAAUAUACGAGUAUACAAAUACACGCGAUACAUCGAUAUUAGAGCGAUUAUUGAUCGGAGAUCCAUUUCUCAUCACGAGCUGUGUGCUGUAUUGAGAAACGUGCGCGUACAUCUGGUCCAUUAGGUGCGCGCGCUCCUGAGGAACUAGCGUAGAAUUUUUUUACCACCAGCCAAGACGUCUGUUCAUUGCAUACCUUGAAGAAUCGAAAGUUAACCGAGGACCGGUUCAAGCUGUGGAAUUUUACUAAAGGCUGUUUUUGUUGGAUCGCUGUUCAAGAUUGUUGUGGAGAAGUUAUGCGUGGACCAACGAAUAAUACUAAUACGGUUGAAGAUACCGAGACCGAGGGGUCUUUUGAGGAAACGAUCAGAAAUGAUAAUUUGAGUGGUCAUGUUAUCUGUAGCAGAAGUGUAUCGACGGCCUCGUCCAAGAAAGAAGAAGAAGAUGGUACUCCGAUCUGGAAAGUCGGACGUAUGCUUAUGGAUUCGUUGAGUAAAGGCAAAAUGCGCCGCAGUAAAAUAUUCGGAGCGCCUUUGGAAGAUUUACCAUUGAAUUGCCAAGGAAUGCCUAAAAUAGCUCAUCGAUUGUGUUGUUAUUUAGAGCAAUAUGGCUUGAAAGAACCAGAUCUAUUCGGAGUUUGCAAAAAACAAGGAAAGCUCGUAGAAAGAUAUAAGAUUUCCUUCGAUCGUGCCGGUGACGCUGAUUUAGAAAGUUGUAACGAUGUUAAAGUAAUUGCGUCAUUGUUGAAGUUAUGGUUGCACGAUUUGCCUCAUCCCUUGAUACCUCAAAGGUUGAUAGCCAGAUUAACAACGGUUUUUCAAAAAUAUGAACGUAAAGAGGUAUACGAUUUGAAUGCAGAACUAUGCAACGUACUGCUGGCUUGCCCGGCGUUAAAUUUGGGAGUUUUAUACACGGUCGUUCGUUUGCUGUACUUUUACGUCACUAAAUGGUACCCGGCGUCGUAUGUUGACCAAUUGCCUGAAAUGUUUGCCAAGAUUUUAAUCGGAGACUCGAUGAUCGAACACGUUGAAAUUGUCACCACAUUGAUACAUAAUUUUCGAGAUAUUUUCAACGAAAGAAUACUCGAAAGAGCUUUCAAAUUAUAUUUGGUGAGAGAAAAGAAAAAUCGUGAUGGAGUUGAUUUAACUAUCACCGGUGAUUGUGGAAAUGUAUCGUUAUCUUCGGUCGAUAAACUUAUCAGGUCAAACAGCGAAGAAAAGCUUAGCAUUAGAAGCGAUCACAAUCGGAACUUGGCAAUGAAAAAUUUAAACAUGAGAAGAGUCAACAGCCACGAAGAUUUCAGUGGUCAUUUGCAACACGGUUACUGUAAACCGGUCCAAGUAGUCAUUGUCGAUAAUCAACAGAAUGGUGCAUCGGAUGCUGAUAACAUGUCGAGGUAUCAAAUCAGUCGACUUUAUGAUCCGCAAUAUGACGAACCGGUUGUUGAUAGUUUCAAUAGAAUUACGUAUUUUGCCGAAAAGGAUGCCGAAGUACUGGUAGCCCCGCCACCGUUUAAUUACAACGAAGACUAUAAACUGCAAGAGGAAAUCAGAAACACUGAAAGAUUCACGCCCCAGUUCAACAUGUACCGUAACGUGGGCCGACGAAAACGGGGCAUUUACCAAGGGCACAGCGUUAAGCCGAAGAUAAAAGCGGUUUUUGAGCAAAACACGAGUAUACCGCCUUAUGGUGGUGAAUCGAAGCCAAAUAAUUUUUACGAUGAGAUUAGCUGCAACGUGGAUGGCUUUGCGAAUGAAUCUAACCGGUCACCUACCGAGUCGACUUUUCAGGAUAGCGAUACGCAUUCCAUUAGUUCAACUUCUUCCGACUCGUCUUCGGAAUCAUCGAGCCCGACUAGAAUGAACAGUUCGCCUGAACCUGCUCAGUAUUUUAACGACAUAUCAGAACCAUUAACAAGUUACGAGAAUUGGAGUUUCGCUCAUCGCCAUCCUCAUAAUUCGAAUAUCGAAAGAUCAGUUUCGCCUAAAAUUCCCAUCAAUUUGAGUCAUCAUUCUCACGAUUUAUCCGCUUCGUCUCACGCUGUUCAUUUAUCCGGCAUAGAGAUGAAAAUUUUACAAGUUAAUAAACAUUUACAAUGGGUUAAAAGAAAAAAGAAAAGAUUCGAAGAAGAUUUCGAAAGUAAAUUCGGUGAAACGGCCAGUAUCUCGAACAAAAUGGCGCAUCCAGAGUAUAAACAAAUGUCAGCCAGUAUUAUCCAUUUGAAAAAUAAUCUCAAACAACUUAGAAAAGAAGCUAACGAAAGUUUUUCCGCGCAUCGACUACAUAUCACGAAGAAUCCAAAUAACAGCGUAAAUCUGGGUUUAUUCUCGUCAUCGCCGAUAGAUAAAGAAAAAGCCGUCCAAGAAGCCGAAAAGCAAUUAUGUGAAAAACGUAUCGCCACCGAAAGGCCAGAAUGCGUCGAGGACAUGACACACGAGCAGCUGUUAGACGAAAAGGUAUCCAUUCAGAGAGAAUUGCUACAUUUAGAAAGCACUUUUGGUCAGACUGCGGCUCGAAACGAAGACCUAUUUCAUCCUAUUUACUCUCGUUACCGGACAGUAAAGAGAUUCUUAGCGAGGUCUACUGCUUCGUUGAAACUGAAAGAAGCCUCGUCCGAUUUGGCUACUAUUAUUGAAAAUGAAACCAUGGAUUUCGAUCCGGCUAAUACGAUAGCAACCAUGUGCGAAGACAAAUCAACCUCUGCCGAGUGCCAGCCUCUGUGUAAUGCUGAUGGAAGCGAUGUUCGAAUCAGUAAUAUACACGAACUAUCAUCGCCCGAACUUAUGAUGGAAUACAAAGCUACAAAAGAUGAAAAAAAGAAGCUACGUAAUCGUAUCUACAUGUACGAGCAAGAGGCUGAAAAUAAAACGUUAAACGAUAGUAAAUAUUGUAUUCAUACGUUACGUUCUCGCUACAAAAAUACCAAAGCUAAACUGAAGCUUUUAGAAGCUUUGCUAACCAAGUCCAAAUAAUUAUAGUAUACCUACCUACCUACCAAUAUCAUACAUAUUUACGUAUGUAUCAUAUAAACCUAGUACCUAAGUAUCUACCUAUUUUAUACACCUUUAUGGUGAAAUUGUGAACUUCGACUGUUAUAUUUGAUAAGGAAUUAUUGAAAUUAUAUCAAAUACUACCUACCUACUAUAAUGUUUAAGGAUUAAUCUUUCAUUGUGAAAAUAUCAUUACGUUUUGUUUUUUCCUUUUCCUUUCGUUUCGUUUUGUUUUUCCUCUAUAUAAAAUCACUAUACAUAUUGUAAGAGUAUUUUUCAAUAUGGUGCAAUAUUGUAUUUUAUUGUAGUCCUUUUGUUAUACUGUAUACUAUAUACCUACGCUUUAUCUCAUUUUUCUUUUUCUUCUUCUUCUAGUUGUUGACUAAAUUUUAGUUAUCGUGGUGUAUUCGCAUUCCAUAUCUCCGGUUCCCGAAUCUCUUUUUGUAGCGUAUUUUUCUUCUCGAAAAAUUUCAUAUUUAUCGAUUUUCUUUUCUUUUUUCUCCAAAUGGCACUAAAAUCUCUCUCUACUCUUGUUUUCUUUUCUCUUCUCUUUCUUUUUUUUUUCAUCUGUGUAAUUUUCUAUCUAUCAUUAUUGUUUUUACAAGAAGCAGGAUAUCAAAAAAACAGUAUUAUUAGAUACAUUGCUAUAUGUAUAGGUAUACCUAUUUGUUUUGUUUUUUUGUUUUGUAAUUUAUUUAUUCGCCGGGUAUGAGAAUUUUAAUUUAGCGAAUUAGAUAAUUAGAGUUUGUCUCGUGUGUGAUCAUGUGGACGUUAAAAAAUGUGGCAUUAAAAUGCGUUGUUUUUAUUGUAUACAAAAAAAAAAAAUUAUCGUAAUUAUCAAAAUAACGCGUAAAGAUGUGAAUAAUAAAGAAGUAACACCUUGGCUGAA